AUGGUUUUCUGUCUAGUAUACAGAGCGCCCCCGCAGGCGUGCGACACCGGAGACGGCGGCGGCGGCGGCGGCGGCGGCGGCGGCGGCGGUGUGGGAGACGUGACGCGCGCGCCGGAAGCACCCACACCCACACCCUGGUCCCCCCAUCCCCCUCGCGGAAAGCGAUACGGCCGCUCCGCGCCGCCUGCAGCACCCCGCGCAGCGCUGUGUCAGUUCCCACCCGCUGCCUCUCCGCCGCUCCGCAGACGUGUCAACAACAGCCGCGUGUGCCGCUUUCACAUUCCAGAUCGCGAUUUGGUCCGCGGCGGGUUCCAGCCGCGCCUUCCGACUUCGCUGCCGCCCCCAGGGCAGCAGCAGCCGUCGCCGCUACCACGCCGACAGCCCGUCCCGUUGAUGCCUUCCGCGCAGCUUCCUCCGGGAGCGCCCCAGGUGGUCGCUCCGGCGCCUGCGGUCCCUCUUCAGUCGCCACCGCCUUCGGAGCUGAUGGACGUCGACCCCUCAGCCGGGCCGCCUUCCCAAGCGGUGGCUGUGCAGCCUGUCCUGCAGCCGCUUUCCUUGGACACCCCCAAGGAGUCUGACACCGCAGCGCCUUGUCCGGCGCCCACUCAGCAGCCGUCGACGCAGCGUCAGGAUACGCUGCCUCUCUUCGUGGGUCCCGACGCCCCGUCGCGUCCACAUGUAACGUUCAGAAACAGUGUCGACUGA